UACUACUUACUGCAAUUUUCUCGUGGGUAACUAACUUAUCUCCUACAUGCUAAUAGGAUAUUCCAAUCUAAUCUUAACUACAAGAAGAGGGAUUCGAACAUGGGUUCAAGGAAAGAGUGAGCAAACUGCUCCGACCAACUUGGCUAUGCUCAAGUCUGCAAUUACAUUUUGAAAACUAAGCAAGGUGAAGUUCUGAGUUACUGCUACAUGCUAAUAGGAUAUUCCAAUCAAAUCUUAACUACGAGAAGAGGGUUUCGAACAUGGGUUUGAGGAAAGACUGCGCAAACUGCUCCAACCGCCUUGGCUAGGCUCAGGUCUGCAACUACAUUUUGAAAAGUACUAAGCAAGGUGAAGUUCUGAUUUACUGCUGAUGCCCCUACAGAUUAUUCCAGAACCGGCUUUUCAUUUGUCAAUUCCUGCUCCAUAACCUACAGAUUCCUACUGAUAAUAAGAAGAGUUGUAUAGUUGGUGGAUAAGAAGCAAUGGUGGCAGGCACUUGAGAUAAAUGGUUAGCAUAAUGUUUUUUACUAGUGAGGAAUUGUUGUAGGACUGUCAACUCUGUAACUCUUCAGUUACUCCAAAAGGAAAUAUAAAGUUGGUGCCAUUUGAGGAACAGAGAAAAGGAGGAAGAUGAAAGUGGAGAAUCCUAAGCUUUAAAGGGGCAACAGUGAAGAUGACAUAAGCAAUGUCCCCUAGAGCACAAAGCAUCACAAGGUGGGGUCCACUUCAUUUAGAUGAGAUAAAAUAAAACACAGGCUUUCUCCACUUUACCUUCUACUGCUUCUCUCCAUUUCUUCAUCUCUCUUCCUCUUUGAUCUAACCCUUCAACCAGUCAUCAACUUCCUUUCGACACCCGCACUUGAUUUGAAAUUGAGAAAUGAUCACCGAGGGAGAAAAAGAAAGUGAAACAAUGUUAAAUAAAGAGCGAAAUAGAAUUUCGAUAAGCAACGAUGACAGAGAAGAAACUGAAGAUCUUAAUCGAGGAGAGUGGCUGAACCUGAGCCUAGGUAGCCUUUCAACAGAAGGAGAGAUGGACUCACAGGCAAGACCGAAUUCCGGUAAGGUUUUCUCCUGUAACUUCUGCAUGAGGAAGUUCUUCAGCUCGCAGGCAUUAGGAGGUCACCAGAACGCCCACAAGAGAGAAAGAGGUGCAGCAAGAAGAUACCAGUCCCAAAGAAUGAUGUCAAUGAUGGGUUUUCCUUUUGCUACUUCUACGGUUAGAUCACUCAGCGUUCAAUCCCACUCACUUGUGCACAAGCCAAGCAGAGAUGAAACUUCACUUGUAGCGAGAUUUAGUGAUGCCAAUGCAAGGUUUAGCAUGAUGCCUUUUACACUGGAUGAUGUAAUGGAUUCUAUGUGGCCAGGCAGCUUCCGCUUGGAUCCACAAGCAUUAGAGCCGCAAUCAGAGCCAUGCAAGCUUGACUUAAACCUCCGACUCUGAUCCACCCAUCCUACUACCUUUAUGACUACUAUUUCGAAGAGGUUAAUUAUUUCAUCUAUCAAGUACAGAACUAGCGUAGGUUAGAGGCCUACUUGGAGAGUCACCUCUGUACUACCUAAUGAACUAGUAAAGAUACUGAGAAGUUCCUACUGUUUUAGGCAUGUUGUAAUAUUCAAGUUAUUUCCUAUUCAAUGACGCAUGCAAUAAUCUCAAGAGCAUUAUAUUUCA